GUUCAUAUCAUAUCAGGCUUUGAAACAGUCCGAAAAUUUCCCAUAUUACAGAAGGCCACUUUUCCCAUUUUCCACAUUGAUGUUCGCGCGCUGAGUAAAUAAUUCUAACCGAAUGAGCGUUUCUACUAAGUUGUAGAUCUACUAGCAGACGUGCUCUUUGUUUACAUACUGCGCUAGUUCGACGCUAAGUCCGCUACACGGAGCAAACAUUUCCAGCAGCGGAGGAAGUCGUUACUUAGCACUUUUCCGACCAGAAUAUUUAUUUCAGAUCGUUCCAUUUCAAUUGUUUGGUAACCUCUCCUUGUAGAGCCGAGGACUAGUUAGCGAGUGGUCAUAAUGCGUAGCGAGUUGUGGAUCCUGUGUGUUCUGUGCACACACCUAGCCAGCCAUGCCGGUAGAGCCGCUAGCAAUGAAGCAACGGAGCACAAGACGCUUCGCGCUGUCGAGAAAUGGCACACACAAAGAAAUACUCAUAUAGAUGUGGCUAGUCAGUUACCCGCAGCGGCAGGAAGAUCACGUCGCCAAGCCACAGGUGGCAGGAUGCCCAUACGUAUCUAUGCAUCAUAUGACAGUACAAGCAUGAACACGCUAACAGCUAGUAAGAGAGAGCUUAUCAUGACUUUGACCACUGACGCUGUCAACUACUUCAGCUCAGUUUAUUCAGUAGUGCCACUGACAUCACCUAUUCGAGUUCCACGUACUUGCACGGGUGAUUUAUUCAUCCCAUCUCUGUCGACACCGGGACAAAGGGCUUGCUUGAACGGCUGUACAGCACAGACUCUGUGUGGUGGAGUUGUGCCUGUCCCAACAUCACAUCUAACUAAUUGUACCCAGUGUACGCAAUCAUCAGUCUGCACAUCCAGUGGCAGUAGUGGUGCGGGUGUCAGCAAUGCUGACUUGGUCAUAUACGUUGGUGCUUACAGCACAAUGGCACGUUGCUCUGGUAACACUGUUGCCUUUGCUAGUUCAUGUGUGCAAGAAGCGACGUUGGAUAGACCAGUAGCUGGCUACAUCAAUUUGUGUCCAGAUACUCUAAAUCUUGACACGGCUUCUUACGCGGCAAUCCAGGGUACCAUUCGCCAUGAAAUCUACCAUAUACUGGCAUUCUCUCCCAGCUUAUUUGCCUACUACCGUGAUUCAUCUGGAAAUCCGUUGACCGCUCGCCUGGCCAGCCGACCCAACACUCCAGCAAGCGGCUUCGUGACGACCACAGCGAUUGCAGGUUUAUCGUUUGUGAAUGGCAGUACAUAUCAGUGGAACAGUAAUACGGUCAGACCGAUGACACUGAGUGGUUGGGUGGCUGGAAGUGCAGCACCCACUACUCUACAGACGUACUACAUGGUUACACCGAAAGUUACGGAAUUUGUGCGUUCUCACUUUUCCUGCCCAACCCUGGAAGGUGCCAUCCUUGAGAACCAAGGUGGAGAAGGCACAGCGCUGACACAUUGGGAAAAGCGUACAUUUGAGAAUGAAGUCAUGACAGGCACAUUCACGCAAGACUAUUCCUAUUCCAGAUUGACAAUGUCUCUGAUGGAAGAUACUGGUUGGUAUGGAGUAAACUACAGCUUAGCCGAUGAUCUGGUUUGGGGCAAGAAUGCUGGUUGUGACUUUGUAAGCCAGAGCUGUGGCUCAUGGAUGACAGCCAGGAACUCCACAGGUGUUCAGCCAUUCUGUCUCAACUUGGCUACGGAGAGCCGUCGUUUCUUCUGCAACGUUGACCACAGUGCCAAGGCAGUGUGCAAUCUAGCGCAGUUCACUACUGGCUUGCCCACUCUGUACAGGUACAUGACACCAGCUCUGUUGCCCGGGGUUGAUCCAUCCUUGCUGAGUCGCUACGGUGGUGGCACAUCCAUAGCUGAUUUCUGUCCUUACUACACAGCGUUCAAGGACUCCGUAUCUGGAAAGCGGACGGAAUGCUACGAGAGCAAGAACGCACCUACAAAUAGUCUUUCUCUGGAAUUCUAUGGAGCUGGCUCACGUUGCAUUACUCAUGGUCGUCCAUGGAGCAACGGGCAGUUUGUGCAGUCAACAUUUGGCUCAGGCUGUUACCAGACCUUCUGCUCAGCUCCAUCAAGCAUCACGAUCCGUGUUGGAAGUCAAGAUAUAGACUGCACUGGCAGAGCUGGUGCCGAGGUGGCGAUUUCUCAAACAUCGGACGGACUACAAUACACCGGCUCCAUCGUAUGUCCCAGCUAUGCCGCAGCCUGCAGUACUAUAAGCAGUCAGGCAACCCAUAUGCCAGGGCCUGGAGUGAGCACCGCUACCACCCCAACAGGAGGAGGAGUAACAGUCGCGACAACUACUAGUAGCGGUGCAACUGUUACUAGUCCAUCUAUGUCACUUUCGCAGCUUCUCCUCCUCACCAUCUUCAGCACGUCAUUGCUCUUAUUGGCCUACAACUAACCAAACGAAGACGAUCGGAGGCAUGUGAGAGAGAAAGAGAGAGCGGAUAGAGCAUGUGAAUUGUCUACAACCUGGCUGUAUUAGGCGAUGAGUCCAUUUCGACACUUGAACUUCUUACUUCACAUACGUCAUUUGUAUCUCUUCUAGGCUUAGUACAACCAGGUAGCAUACUUACGACUCCACUGUUUUCUCUUUGUUAUGAAAUAUAAUAGAAUUGUAAUUACUUACAACACAGUACACAGUUUGAAUUGGUUAAAGGCUCUAGGUAAUUUUUUCAAGAUUUAUUUGGUAGUACAGUUGCGUACGUACUAUGUUCCCAGCACUCAGUACUAUAGCAUAGAUGCUGCUUAGAAUCUUAGAAUCUUAGAAGUCUUAGUGCUGGACACUGCAAGAUAGAGGCAGCUACAGAACGUGCUGAACUGUUGCUUUUCCUUUAGCAAUGCGACUUCUCUUAGCAGUUCCCUAGUAAUUUAUCUAUCAACAAGCUGC